UUGUUUUCAGUGUUUUGUGUAACUAUAGUUAAUUUGCAAAUAUCUCAUUUAAAUGUAAUCAUUCGUCGCCUUCACAAAGAAUUCAAUUCAGCGACAAUUUGCUUGGUAGGAUUCGAAAGUACAUCUUUAAGAGAAUUCUUCCUGAAACCUGUAGAAGAACCUUUGGAAAUUCUAUCAUAUGAAAGAGAAUACUACAGAAGUCCAGAGAGACACAUUAUACUUGUGGUUCAGGUUUCAAGAGAUGUUUCUAAUUUAAAUAGAUUCGUUAAUAAAAUAAGGAACCGAAAAUUUGUGGUAAUAUAUGGAAACACUCUUGCCGAACUUCAUCAAUACUUUACCUAUUUUUGGGGGGAAAGUUUCACAAGAAUAUUUGGAGUUGCUGCUAACAAAACUUAUGCAUAUCUUCCCUUUGCUGAUCAUCCAAUUCAAAAGCUUACAAUGUCGAUUGAAAAUCCCUUACCCGAUUCAUUAAAGAACCUAAAUGGCUUUGCCUUACGAACCACGGUGCAAACUGAUACUCCCAGGGUUUUCUGGUACACAGACCGAAAUUGUCGUAGACAUAUCGGAGGCUCAUCCGGUCAACUUUUUGUUCAAUUUCUGAAGAGACACAAUGCAACUUUUAUCGAAGCCGAUAUCAAAAAUUUAGACUCUGAACAUGUUUUCAAAGCGUUAAAUGGAACCUUUAAGCAGCAAGUUGAUAUAAGCAUGAAUACUUUUGAGUUCAUUGAGGGAUUGGAUCAAUCAUAUCCAAUUGCCUUGCUUAGUUGGGCAAUAAUGGUGCCAGUCAAUGUAUACGUAGACUCAAGUCAGUACUUUGUGAGGCCUUUUCAACCAAUGGUUUGGCUAUGCUUCGGAAUCACCCUAGGAUACUUAAUUGCCACCGAUAUGCUGAAAGAUUGGCUAGUCAAGGUUCCUGUGGAUUUCUGGAAUUCUUUCAGUCGCAUUUUCAAAACUUUUCUCAAUACGCCGUUGCAAAAGCCAACAACUUAUGCCUAUUGGUUUAAUCUUCAAGUACGUGUGUUGGCAUUUAUUUGUGUGAAUUUGUACCUAAUCUACAUGACGUCGUUUUUGACAGUCUACAUAAAAGUGAAUCAAUACGAAUCUAUGCAGGAUCUUAUCGAAAAUAACUUUCCUGUAGCGAUGCUAGACUAUGAUUGGAAGUUCUAUUCUAAAUUCGCAGUUUAUCCUGCGAGUUUCAAGGAUAUACUUGUUUUACUAAAUCGAGAAGUAUUUUUGCGGGAAUUGGAACCAAUGCGGAAUACCAGCUUCGCAUACGCCGAAGGUUCGGAUAAGUUAAACUUUCUAAUAAAGUCACAAAUUAAGCCAAAGUUUCGUAUAAUACGUGAUAAUUUGAUGGAAUAUUAUUUGGGAUUUAUUCUUUCGCCGAACUCACCAUUUAAAGAAAUUUUAAAUGAUUUCAUAUUCGAUGUUUUAAGUACCGGCCUGAUGGAUAAAUGGACACAAAAUUCCUAUGUUCAAGCCGUUCAUGAGGGUUUAAUUCAAUCGGAUUUGGAAAAUGCUUUGGCUGAGGGGACGAUAAGACCAUUUACCUUAUAUCACUUUAAAUUUGUUUGGGUUUGCUUUGGUUUUGGAAAUGUUAUUGCAAUUGGAGUGUUUGUUGGAGAAAUAUUGUUCGCGGUUUUUUCUAGAAGAAUGUGUCGAUUUUGUUGA